CUCAACUAUAAAAUUACAAAAGUUUUUAUUUACUAAAUUUCCGAAAGGUAUUGGCCUCAAUAAUUGUUUAUUUGACUUAUUUGUACGACAAGUCCUUGUGCAAGAAGGCUUUUAAGCAUCUUAUUCGAAGGUUUGUGGUGAAUGUUGGAUUGCAAAAGUCGAACCUGAGUACUUGACGGCAGGUACUCGAGUAUCUGUUUUCACUGUGUUAUGGUGUUCGCGCGGCCAGGUACACACACUAUGACACUUUCGUUGUCAACACUAUACAUGCCAAACUUUAUCCUUUGAGCGGCGUGGGAUGAAUGCAAAGAAAUACUACAUGUGGUAAAAGUUGUUUCCGAGUGUUUACAUUAGUUUUUUCCUUAUUCUUGGCCCUUCAGCAAGUCGUUUCUCGAGUGAAAACUCCCGUGUGUAACACCAAAUUUCGCCAAUGCAAAACAAACAUGGCGGAACCCGAGCAAGAACCAGGCCUGUUGGAUAGCACAGGCACACACUCGUUGUGCGAUGAAACCACAAUCGUUGACGGCGAUCAAGUUCAAGUUGUUACAUCUGGCUUGAGUGAUGAACUAGUUCGGCAAGCACUCGUAGAAGCAAAUGACUUUGAUUCCUCAACAAUCAGAUCCAUCUAUGCUGUGGCUGGAGAAGGAACAGAAGUUUGUGACACAGGGCAGACUUCUGUGGAAGUCAGCAGUGGUCUUAGUGUUAUCUCUACAGAUCAGAAUAUUCCAUCUGCUGAAAACACACUUUCAUCUAGUUCCGAAUCUGCGCUUGUCAAUAAUACUGAUUCUAUUUUCACCAAUGGGUCGGAGGCUCUUAUGACGAACGGUGGUUCAGAUUCAGAUGUGUUGGGCGUCGAGAGCAAUGGAACCUACACAGUUGAUGUUGGGUCACUCCAAGAGAACCAGAUCAUUUCUGUGUCUAAUGAUAUUAUCCCUGGUUCUGUUAUUAUUUCUCAGCCAUCACAGGAACAGCUACAUCAGGCAGUUGAAACUCCUACCAUGGAAAAUGGACUUCUUCCUGGUGAAAGCCAUAAUCUCAUUCAGCAAAUUGAUACUCAGUUUGUUCAUGAGUCAGACAGCAAUAUGUUGCCAGGAGACUCAAGUACACAGAUAAUUCAGAGUGAGGGCCUUGGACGACCACAAGCAAUAAGAGUGACAGCCCCACAUGGCUUGACCAUGACCCAAGAGGUGCUGCAAAACGUUAUCCAGCAAGUCCAGGCACAACAGCUGGCUGCAGCGGAAAAGAAAGAUGGUACUUCAAGUCCAGAAUCAUCUGCCAACCAAAAUAACACCCUGAGUUUCACACUGGUAUCAUCAUCUUCGUCGCCGCCUCUUGGGUCCAGUCAAAAUCCAAUUCGAAUCAUUCAGCAAGGAAAUCGCUACACCCCUGUCCAACAGUUAUCCACUGAGCAACUGCAGCAAAUAAUGCAAGUUGUUCAGCAGCAGCAUGUGAGUAAAAAUGCACAAGAUAAUGGAGGAACGGUAAUAUUUAAUCCUCAAACCAACACAAGGAUAAUGUACAGGGUUAUUUAUCCAUCAGAACUCCACAAAGCGCAGAAUGCUGGUGGUCAUGAAACAUACCAAGUCGUGCGACCUACGACCUCAACUCAGGAACAACAGACAAGCAUACCUCAUCAAAAGCGACAAUACAGGAAAAGGAAAUUAGACAUUCAAGCUGUCCCAGCUGUUCCCGGAGAAGAAGAUGGUACUGACAAGGGGAAUCCUGACACCCCUGAGCUUUCGAAAGAAGAAAAAGAGGAAAGGAAAAAGCAUAGACCGAGGACUCGCUCAGGCAGGGUUUCAAAGCCCCCAAAGCAUAUGGUUCAAGACUACAAACACAUUCAUGUUCUGGAUUGGGAUGAGGAUUAUGAUGAUUCAGAUGGUGGAUAUUCUGAUUUUAAACACAGCGAUGAAGAAGGCAAAGUGAAACAAGAAGGAGAGGAAGUUCAGUCGCCAUCACCUGACUUUUUUCCUGCUCUGGGCGCCGGCAAACCCAAGAACCACAAGUGCCAGACGUGUGAUAAGUCUUACAUCGGCCAGGCGGGACUGGCUCGUCACUACCGGCUCAACCCUGACCACUGUUCCACCCCGCUGGAAAAUGGUAGCAGUUCUUCCUUACACAAUGGCUCGCUGGACGGGGAAGAUAGUAAAGAUGCUUCUCUUCAGGAAGGCAGCCUGUCCCUCAUGUCCGACACACCCACGGAGGGCCCCAAGGCGGGCGGCCUGGACAACUUCUCGGAAGAUUCCAACACCCAGGACUCCCUCAACUCCACCGGUGCCAGCUCCCCCGUCGUCCGAAGGGGGAGGGGCAGGGGAGGCUUCCGGGGGAGGGGCGCCCAUUUCCGAUACAAUGCACAAAUCCGGCGGAAGUCUAAGUUGAAAGAGUUGAUGAAAAAGUGCUCAGAUGAAGAACUGAUGGAGGUGGUGUUGCCGAGACUUGUCACCGGAGUUUCCCUGUGGGAGUUUCUGCUCAUGAAGUCGGAGAAGGGAGGAUCCAAACCACAGGUUGACGUUGUUUACCGAGAGUUUGAGGCCCUGAAGCGACGGGUGAAGCAGGUUUGCUCCGACUACAUGAAGCCUCUGAGCGCGGAGGAGUUGGAGGACGACAAUUUGCAGUGCAAGAUGAUCAAGGUAACCGACGCGUCCAUGGCCCUGUGUCUUGGCCUAGAGCGUGUCACCUACAGGGUGGAGGAAAUGCCUCAGGACGACCCGAACACAUUCUCCUCACUACACAACAAACUCUCGGCCGCGGCCAUCGCCGUUGCCCCACAGCCUGCCCCUGGGGUCCCGGUCAAGAUCGUCAUCAAGGCAGAGAAUGGAGACCCCGAGGAGACGAAGGCGGGAAGUCAGGUCGCGACCCCCACAUCCGCGACCUUGAAAAGAACGUUUGACGACUUCACCACUCCGGAUAAGAAUGAGAACCCUUCGAAGAGGGUGAAGUUGUCCUCGUUUUCCCCGUGGCGUCCCAUCGAGGGUGCAGUGUCUACCUCAUCCUCCGUCUCUCCUGGUACCACAAACAGUUCCUUGUUCACCAUAGCGGCUCAUCUUCCAGCAACUUCCGAUGAGAAGAUGCCUCUGGACAGAUCUGACUCGUCCCUCUCCUCCAUGUCCUCACACUCCGCCUCCUCCACAGCCUCACCAAAGUCCCAGCCAGUCAGCACCAGCAGUCAGCCACCUCCUCCACCUUCUUCUUCAUCGUCAUCAUCUUCAUCUUUAUCGUCUUCAUCUUCAGUGUCAGUUCCUGCGUACAAACCUUUACGGGCUGUGUCAGUGGUGAAGUCGGAGCCCAGCACUUCCACUGUUCAGAUCUCAAUUCCAGCAUCCAAACACCAGGCAGUGUCCUACAUUCUCAAGUCAAAUGCCAAACAGAACGGUCAGGCAAACGGUCAGACAACGGUAGUGGGUCACCGAGCCAGCCAACCACAGACAGUCCCAGUGGUCAUCAACACUGGACAGGGUGGGGCGUCCACGGCUCAGGUCAUGCCUUACAUUCUGGGAUCCACAAAUGGUGCAGGAGGCUCGCAGAAAGUGGUCAUUGCUGCACCGGCUGGGCACGGUAACCAGCAACACGAACCUUUGCCUAUCCUCCUGGCACCCUCAGGGAAUCAUCCGCAGAACAGCACCGUGCUGUUGUCGUCUGGCACAGGGGUGGGCACCCACCGGGUCAUCGUCCGACAGCCGGUGCAGCCCCAGCCACAGCCUCAGCAGACUAUAUCCAACAGCCAGCCCACACAAGUCAUUUUCUCCCCACAACAAAGCCCUACUAUGGCUGCUAAAUCGCGGCCGAAGCAAGGCACUUCUCUCCUCCCCCCUCGCAUCCCUUCUUCCUCCAAGUCUGCAAGCACUCCACCCUCUCGCCAGUCGCCCUCCCCUCGUUCUCUCCUCAGUCUGAAACCCACGGAGGUGAAAGUGUCCAGGCAGCUUUUCCAUGACACCACCACCUCGCAGGCUUCCUCUUCACCACUGGUCAACGGCCGGGGGAAUGCAGUCAACGGAUCUCUCUCCACGGAGGCGAGCAAUUUUGUUUCUGCUGUGAAACCCGUGGUGGUAGCCUCUGCUUCCAACCCAUCUCAUCAUCCAAUUCUUGGCAGCGGUGUGGACAUAGAUAAGUCAGUGUUGAAGAUAGACCCAGAGCACCUAUCGCUUAUACAGUCAUCAGAGCACUCUUUUAUUGCUGGUGCGUCAACAAUUGUGAAUGAUUCUGACGGCGGGAUGGAUGUGAAGCAGGUGUCUAUUUCUGACCCCGACCUGGAAGCGCUGUCCUCCGGCGUUCUCGGCCUGUCCGGGGAGGAUGAGCUAGGUCCGCUGAACACCUCAACGGACAGUUUGUCGGAGGUGUACACGGCAGUCAGCAGCUCCACCCCCCAGAUCUCCACAGUGACCCACAUGGAGGGUGCCAGCCUGGCGGACAGCCUCUCUCUCAUCCAGUCCCAGGCAGCAGAUGGCAGUGCCCCCACUCUUGUGGCCACGGCCUCCUCGCAUGUGGCUUGUGUCGUCCCGUCAGACCCGCAAUCGCUCGACACUCUCUCCAACGGCAACCUACACCCCGGGGUCCACGGGAUCUCCUUAAUCAAUGGCAGCUCUUCUGACUUCACCUCAGACUUUGGGCCCGUGAAGUUGAAGGAAAGUAACGGUAGCAGCAUUAAGUCGGGCGUGUUGUCUUCCCUCUCCCCCAGUACCACCACGCAAUCAUCAACGUUCAUCAUUAAUUCGUCGGUAUCCGAUUUCAUCAACAUUGCUCGGCCAUCUUCCCCCAUCAUGUCGUCCCCGUCUAAGGAGGCCCUGUGCUCUCUCACUGGCACCACCAUCAACAUUGGCACCAACGGGGCCAUCUCCAGUCAGAUUCUCAGAAACGACGACGUUCCCAGCCUGCAGUUUAGGGAUCCUGGAGAGUCCGGUGUGAAAGACGUGAGGGAUACGAACGGUUCCUCCCCUCUCGGUGACCAGGAGAGUCGGGAUGACUUGAACAACCUCCUGCCUCAGCAAAUUGUCAACCAGGUUUCCGACAGCGGAGAGGUCGGACUGGUAGACACGUUGGUGGGGGAGACGGAGGAGGCCCAGCCUUUGUUGACUGAAGGGACAAAUAUCUACCAAACAGAAGAUGGUACGUUGAUUAUUCAAAGUGCUGAUGGGAACACGUACCAACUGCAGGGAGCGCAAGACCUACCGCUGGAGACUGUGCAAGCCCUCCUGUCUGGCACCAUGGACCAACUGACGAUGGACGCUGGUGUGGAAUCACAUGCAGAUAUUCAGCUCCACUGACAAUGUCGUCAUGCAGUCUCCUGUUGAAAAUUAUGUCUUGUACAUAUUUAUGCGAGUGCACAUAUAUCAAAGUCGUUUCUUGAAUGAUAAGAUUUUAGCAACAGAUGGCAUUAAGACGGACAGAGGUUUCAGUGUCAGUUUUUAAAAAAAAUAGUUCUCAAGUGAAAGAGUCCCUUUUCCUUGAAUAUUGUAACUACAGACAUGUUUUACAUGACAGUGACUCAAUGUGCCUUGAGUAUAUUAUAUAUAUUAUAGCAUGUAAAUUUAACAUGUUAGAAAAUUUAUUCACUUCAUACUGCAUAUAGAAUAAAUUGUAAGAUGUUUUUUCUAGUUUAUCUGUCUCAGCUAGACAGGUUUUUAACUGUUUUCAAGCUAAUUUUUGCUAUUCUCCCUAGCUCAGUGUUGGUACCAUGCAAGUCACUAGGACCACGUCUAGAGGUUACGUCACAAAGAUAUUUAAAAUACUAUAGGUACUGGUCCCUUUUUAAGGUGCACAUCAUCUAAGUUCCUGCAUAUCUUUUGUUUUAGCUCUCCAGUUUUGUUUCUGAAAUAUGAGACCAAAAAAAAUGUUUCUGCAUACUGCAGUUUUGUAGGAAAAGGUCAGGAGUGAUGUAGGUUGUUAUAAAAUUCAUUAUUGUACAAAAGUCUGCAUCACAGUGUGCAAGUGUUUACCUUGGUUUCUUGUCUAGUUUGAACUUGCACAAAGUAAAAGCUUUGUAACAUAUCAAAAGAUGAGGAACCUCCUCUAACACACUGUUGAACUUUUUAAAGAGGACAAAACUGCCUUGGUUAGCACUUUUUUCACAACCAAGUUCUUUUUUCUUUCUUUCUUUGUUUCUUUUUUCUUUUUUUUUUUUUACAUAAGAUGAAACUUGUAUGUAUGAGGGAGUCUUUACACUUAAAAAUUUGUCUUUGAGACCUUGGUUUUGAAUUGGAAGGAAGUGAAACAGAACUUGUGGAAUGUAGCACUCGUUUCAGUUUAGCACUACACUAAUGCAAGUCGAGUAUUCUUUAGGUAAACUGACAUGAUUGGGACUUUUAUGCUUAUUUUUAAUGGUAUGUUUGUGUAAUUUUUAAUGGGAACAACAAAAGUCUCCCUGUAUUUUCAUUGAUUGUGAGCGAGAGAAGGGAAGGGCCUGCCACAAGGUAGUGGGGAGGGGGCUACAGUGAGAAAAAGAAAGGCAACUUUAUCAAUGAGUCCUUGUUGAGAGAUUUGGUUUAUUUCGAUAUUUUGAGUACCGGUAUAAGCUAUAUAUGUGUGUGGCAUAGGAAAAGCAAGACAGAAAUUAAAAUGAAA